AGCUUGACAGUAGCGAUACUUUCAGUGUUUUUCUACACAAAAGCUUGCAGAGAUAAUUCAGUCGUAAACCAGUACAAAAUAAUUACAUUGUCUUAGACAUGGAUCAUUUAGAACCCUCCUUCCAAGAUGACCGCAGGCUUUGGCUAGGAAAUUUGGACAGUCGAAUUACUGAGUAUCAACUACUGAAAAUCGUGCAAAAAUACGGCAAAAUUGAAAAGUUCGACAUGCUGUUUCAUCGUUCCGGACCGCUAGCAGGCUAUCCCAGAGGAUACGCCUUUGUAACCUACGAAAAUCAUGAAGAUUCAGAAUCUGCCCUACGCAGGCUGGAUGGCAAAAUGGUUGGAGAGAAAACGAUCGUUGUACGAUGGGCAAAACAUGUGAACCGUGAAGAAGGAGACAAAGCGAAGCCAAAAAUCGAGAUUCCUUGUCUGGCAGGUGGUUCCAAAGGAGGUGCCAACGGGCCACUUAGUCAACAGACAAAAAUACAAGCCCUCGAAGCUAAGCUAAAAAUGUUGGAGAGCAGAUCCGACGAUCUCGUUAUCAACAGGUCGACUACUUCCGAACGACCCAUUAUCGAGCGCUACCAGUACAACAUAAAUCAACCGCAGCGAGCGGAUCAGAAGAUGAAACGGUCACAUCACAUGGGUGGCCACGGCCGCGGCGGAAACCGAAACGCUCCAUACAGAAGUUCACACCGCCAUAAAUAAGGCCCAAAAGUGAGAUUGAUCGAGAAUACUCUUAAUUUUAAAAUAAUUACUUACAAGUCAGAGGAUUAUUUGCUAUAGAUGAGAAAUAAAAAAUGUGA